AUGUUGAUUUCGUAUAUACAUGAAGUAGCGAAGCUUGAUCAAGCGAUCGUUGUUGCUCUGAGGAAUAAGCCCUCUAUCAAACCCAUUGGCAAGGCUCUUCCAUUAAAGUGCCUGUUCGCGUUGUCUGACAAGCAUCUGUUUUCCAUUGUUGCUCUUGAACACGUUCUGGAUAUAGUCAAUAGAUGUAAAUCCAAUGACGAUGCCUCAAAGAAGAUCUUCAACGACAUGAUUCUGUGGUACGAUACUCAUAUGGCGUAUCUGUUAUUAUAUGUGGAUGAUAUUGUUCUCACCGGUUCCUCUACCCAGUUACUUACUCACAUUAUUUCUUUAUUGAGCACUGAGUUCUCUAUGUCAGAUCUUGGUGAUCUUCACUAUUUUCUGGGUGUUUUAGCUAAUAGAUCUGUUGAUGGAUUGUUCUUGUCUCAACAAAAAUAUGCUGCUGAGAUUCUUGACCGAGCUUUUAUGAAAAAUUGCAAACCAACAUCUAGUCCUACCGAUCUAUCUGUAAAAUUUGAUGGCACUGGUCCUCCUGUUGAUGAUCCCACUUUAUAUCGCAGCCUGGCUGGAACCUUACAGUAUCUCAUGCUCACUCGCCUGGAUAUCACCUAUGUUGUGCAACAAAUAUGCUUAUACAUACACGACCUACGUGAGCCUCAUUUUACCACUCUCAAACAUAUUUUAUGUUAUAUUCGCGAUACCACAUCUUAUGGACUUCAGUUGUAUACUCCCAGUCGCACUCUGACUGCCUAUUCUGAUGCCGACUGGGAUGGGUGUCCUGUUACACAACGUUCUACUUCUAGCUAUUGUGUCUUUCUUGGUAACAACCUUCUAUCUUGGUCUUCCAAACUCCAGAACACGAUAUCACGCUCGAGUGCUAAAGCUGAAUACCGGGGCGUUGCAAAUGCCUUAGCGGAAACAUGUUGGAUUCGUAACUUACUUUUUGAGCUUUACUAUAUACCUGCUAAGGAAACUCUUGUUUACUGUGAUAAUGUCAGUGUUGUGUACAUGUCCUCUAAUCCAGUGCAUCAUAAACGCACGGAAGGGAAAAUCAUUGACGAUUACAGUUUUGUGUUGUGUAUGGAUACACUUAUAUUUGUGCACAUAUUAUAA